UCCCUCCCUUCCCUAUUUUUCCUUUUGCAGGGAGUGGAGUCCUGUUCUCCACCUGUCACUUUUUUGGGGAGGGAGGCUGAGAAAACUGGGAUUGGGUUAGUUUGUUCCCAUUGCGUCCCUCCGGUUUAUGUAUUGAAGGGAGGGAUUUCCCCUGGAGCUAGCGAGCGGGUGGGUGGGAGGGAAAACUUCUCUGAUCUCCUUCCAGGAGCUCUUUGGUGGAGGCUCUCCAGGAUCCGUGUCUUCACAUUGACCUUUGGGGGCUGGCAGGAAGGGACCCUUGGGGAGGGAAGCGGUGGGAGUGGUUGGGAAACUCCAAGUGAGAAGAUGCCCCCGGUGAAACCUUGAUUAGUGUUGAGGGCUUUGAACUUUCGGCAGAUAUAGGGGAGGAGCCUGCGUGUUUGUGUGUGUAUAUGUGUGUGUGUGUUGGGGGGCGGGGGAGUGGGACAAGAGAUUGAUACUCAAUAGAGAAAACUUUCAAGCAAUCAAAUUUCAACCAACAGUUUAUUUUCAAAGGAGGGUUAAGUUUGGGAUUCAAGGUGCAAAAAUCCCGUGAGCACGUUCUGACUGCUGAACCCAGUUUGUAUUUGGGAGCCAUGACACGAUGGUAAUGGAAAGUUCUGAAAAGACUUCACUCUCCUAUAUUUGUCCAAGGGUCUAAAGUCCUAGAGAAUGACCUAGCACUUAAGAACCCAACCUGGGCCUUUUUAGGGCCAACAGUGAGUAAGGAGACCUGGCUGAGCCAAAAUAGUGAGACCGGGUCAAAAACAAGUCCGGUGCCUGAGCAAAAGUUCUUGACUUUUUUUUUUUUUUCCCCCUCCGAGAGCCAGGCACUUGGGGUGCAUUAGAUCCUUUUCAGGGACUGCUGAAUUACGUUAGUACAAUCUUUGGAAGAGUUGGGUUUUUUUUUUUUUUUCCUCCUUUUGUUUUUGUGUUGUUUUGAGAAGAAAAGUUGGGAAAACCAAGAACUCAAGAUUGGAUUAAAGGAUCCUGGUGUGUCUAAGGAAACCUGGUUAAGGAGUUUAAUUCAGGAUGGAUUUGGCAGAACCACAGCAGUUGGGCAUGUUUACAGAAAGUGAACUGAUGUCUGUGGGUAUGGACACAUUUAUCCACCGAAUAGACUCCACUGAGGUCAUCUACCAGCCAAGGCGUAAAAGAGCCAAACUCAUUGGCAAAUACCUGAUGGGGGAUUUGCUGGGAGAAGGAUCUUAUGGGAAAGUGAAGGAGAUGCUGGACUCUGAAACCCUUUGCCGAAGAGCUGUGAAAAUCCUCAAAAAGAAGAAGUUGCGCAGGAUCCCCAAUGGGGAGGCUAAUGUUAAAAAGGAAAUUCAGCUACUGAGGAGGUUACGUCACAAAAACGUCAUACAGCUGGUGGAUGUAUUAUAUAAUGAAGAGAAGCAGAAAAUGUAUAUGGUGAUGGAGUACUGUGUGUGUGGGAUGCAGGAGAUGCUGGACAGCGUUCCAGAGAAAAGAUUUCCAGUCUUUCAGGCUCACGGGUACUUUUGCCAGCUUAUAGAUGGGUUAGAAUAUUUGCAUAGCCAAGGAAUUGUCCAUAAAGAUAUAAAACCAGGGAACCUGCUGCUUACAACCAAUGGGACGCUAAAAAUAUCUGACUUAGGAGUAGCAGAGGCAUUGCAUCCAUUUGCAGAAGAUGAUACAUGCAGAACGAGCCAAGGGUCACCAGCAUUCCAGCCACCAGAAAUAGCCAAUGGCUUAGACACCUUUUCAGGCUUUAAAGUAGACAUUUGGUCAGCUGGGGUCACACUAUACAACAUUACAACAGGUCUUUACCCUUUUGAAGGGGACAACAUCUAUAAGUUAUUUGAAAACAUCGGGAAAGGAGACUACACAAUUCCAGGGGAUUGUGGUCCUCCGCUCUCUGACCUGCUAAAAGGCAUGCUUGAAUAUGAACCAUCCAAGAGAUUUUCAAUACAGCAGAUACGGCAGCACAACUGGUUUCGUAAGAAACACCCCCAGGCAGAAGCCCUGGUCCCCAUUCCUCCCAGCCCAGAAACCAAGGACAGAUGGCGAAGUAUGACAGUGGUGCCUUAUCUGGAGGAUCUGCAUGGUUAUAAUGAGGAAGAGGACGAUGACCUCUUUGACAUUGAGGAUGACAUCAUCUACACUCAGGAUUUCACAGUACCAGGUGACGAGGAGACCCCUGAGACAGGGCUUAGAGUGGAGAGAGCAGAACAGAAGAGUGAACACUCAGGAUUUUCUGGAGAGGAAGUUCAGCCACCAGACAACAUUCUAAUGAGAGAGAAGGCACAGGCUUAGCAUAGUUGCAUAAGCUGCCGUGGAAGCCCAAUAGUGGGGGAGAGCAGCUUGUGCCAUGUGGUCAGCCUGGGGUUCGAGUGUCACCAAAUGAGCAGAGAGUCUGAGGGUGGAGAAGGGUCUUCUGUUCUGUUGACCCCCACCUGCCCACCGACAUAAGGGUUUUUUCCCAUAGUGAUACCACUUUUUCUUUUCAAAUUUUGUUGGAUAUCUUUUUUGUUUUUGUUUUAAAUAGACUCGAGUAAGCAUGCUGGCCAAGUUUGACAAGAUGCCAAGAGCUUUCUCAAACAGCACUUCAUGCAAUAAGUUAAAAGACUUGUUUUUUUUUUUUCUUUUCUUACCACUCCUAGUCUCUAAGAUAUAUUCAUAGUUGCUACAGUCUGAAGAAAGUAUUAUUUUUGUUGACAGUCAGUGUUUCAAGUAUUUGAGGAAUGGUUUAGAAACAGCAAUUCCCUGUAAUGCCAGGGAAGAGGGCAAAUGAGGGCUUCAUUUUGGGGUGGUUGGAUUAAGUUCUUUUUUGUGAGGUUCCCCUUGCCUGAGUGGCACUGUUCCAGCCAGAGCCAAAUGUCCUAAAAUUGGCUGAUUCCUCACAAAGCUGGCAUCCACUUUGGCUUCUUGUUCCCCUGCCCACUUACCAUGGGCCCCUGUGAUAGGGGCUAUCUACCAUGUCAUCAUACUUUCCAAGCCCCAGGAAAGUUUUCCUCUACUUUAAUGUUAAGAAUUAAUGGGGUGUUUUUUUUUUUUUUUUUUUUUUUUCCUGUAAUGGUGUUCCUUCAAUAUUAUAAAAAGGUAUAGACCACUCUCUGUGUGGAGAUGAAUGAAUCCACCUUCAAGACUGCAGAGAUUAAGCUCAUAAACUUGGCAGGUACCAUAUUGCCUCCUGGGAGUUUAAAUUAUGACUAAGCCCUUAAGAAGCAGACACAAUGAGGACCACCCCCCUGGUCUCAACCCGGGUUCUUGGUAUUUCUUCACACUCUAAUAGUCUUUUAGAUUGAUUGUCCCUCUCUCCACUCCUGUAACUGCUGUGACCUUAGACUCUGGAUGGCUGCUAUUUCCUCAUAUACAGGCCUUAGCUCACUUGGCUCCAGGAUGACAUUUUUUACAAAAGAUCUUACAAGUGACCCAAGUUUGAGUCCUGGCUGGGCUGCUCACUAGCUCUGAAGCCUGAGUCCAGUCCCUUCCUUGUUCUGAUCCUACCUACACGAUUUUCCUUCUCAUUCAUAAUGCUGUAAUUGAGUAAUAAACUGGAGGAAAACAGGUAAAAUACAACUUAAAAGCAUAGAAAUCUUAAAAUACUGUCAAUUCUGCUGGAACAUGUGUUUCAAAAAUGUGAAUCUGUUCCAACAUAAUUAGUAUAUUAAGGAACAGUUUGAGCAUCUCACGAAUUUCAAAUUUGUUUCUGCAUGAUUUCUUCUUCAGUAAAUAAUGAAAAAAAAAAACCCAGAAAAUGGCACCUCUUCACAAUAACCCUCAAACUGCAGUUGUUCCCCACUUUCCACAAUUGAAUUUCAGUUCUUGAUAAAGAUAUAAAGUGCCAUCUUGCAUGUUUCUUGGUGCCCUCGGAGUGUGUGUGUGUGUGUGUGUGCAGAGAGAGGGCUGGUCUACACUAGCUCUACCCCCUUUUACCAUGGAGGUACAUCAUAGUUCAAGGCUGCAGACUGGGCUACUAUCUAUCGUAGUAUUUAUGUGUUUCUUACCCACUUAACAUAUGUAAAACUGUACUGUUAAGUUUUUAUUAGGUUCCCAUCUUUUUAAAAAUGUCAUUGAUGAAGCUUUUGAGCAUUUUGCCCUAAUCCCAUUUCCUCCAUAAGUUCUGUGGUUUUAUUGGUUUUGCAUAGUACAGCAUGAUGACAGAACUGACUGUAUCUUUGCGAGCUAGUAGCAUAUAGCCAAUGCCAUUUCUUGGUCUAACUUGGGCCCUGCCCCCUUUCCAUGUAAAUAUCAUUUAGCCUUAGCAUUUCUCUUUUUCCAUUUUACCAAAUUUAUUUUUAAGUUGUUUUCUUUAGUCAGUUUCUAUGCUUCCUUUUCCUUUGUUGGCUUUUUCCUCAAACUUUUAUAACUCUCCUGCAUAGCUCUCAUUUCUUUUCCGUUUUACUUCUCUUUCUAGAUCCUUUUUGAAUUCCUCUAAGAGAUCCUUUUGCAUUGGAGACCAGUUUGUAAACCCUUUUGAGGCUUUACCUGAUGGCGUUUUGCCUCUUCUGGUUUUGCAUUCUGAUCUUCUCUGUCUCCAUAAGAGCUUUCUAUAGUCAGAGAUUUUUUUUGCUUUUUGCUCAUUUUUAAAAGUUGAACUCUGCUCCUAAGGCACAGGAGAGAUUGUUCCAAACUUCUUUUACAGGGGAACAGGGGCCUCUUUCGGUAACUGCACUGCUGCAGGCUUUCUCACUGCACUGGAUAAGUCUAGCAAGUCCUAUUUUUAUACUGAAGUUUGGGGGCUCAUAAUUUGCAUUCUAGAGUUGCGUUGGAGAUCUCACAGCUGAUCUUCUGAUUCAUUGGCCUUCUGAACCAGGACAGAAUACCCACCAAUGCUGUAUUUUGGCUAAGAGCCUUCCCUAGAUUCCCCUGCAUCAUGCCUGCACUGAACCACGUUUCCUCUGCCCAAUUGAGACAAACUUUACUUGAUGUCCUUCCACAAUGUCUUAGGCUGAAAAAAUAAUACACUCCAAAUGUUUGUGGGUUCUGUCACUCCAAAAUCUGUUUGAUUGAGGCUUGAAUUAGCAUUGAUUCUGAGGGAAACUGGGGGAGAGCUCAGGCAGUGUCCUGUCUACUGUCCAACAUCUUGGCUCUGUCCUCUCUCCCUCCCUGCCUUAGUAUUUCUCUACAGGUUGCGCCAUGCUUCCCUGGGUCAGAGAAUCUCAAAGCUGUCAGGGCCUUAAGAGACUUUGCAGUCCAACUGAUUAAAUUUAGACAAGAGUCCUCAGUAGCAUCCCUAACUUAAAGGUCACUCCCUACAAGAAUUCCUAAUAUAUUCUGUCAUAGAGAGAAGCAAGCAAUAGGGCUAUAGACUAUAGGAAGGUGUAAUCCUUUAUCAAGAAGUUGACAUCUCCAGGAAAGGAGAUUGCACGUAGAAUUUCCUCAGCCUUUUUUCUUUGCUUGUCUCCCUCAAGAGGAAGUUUUCUUCUCACAUUAUUUUUCUCCCCUUUCCAUUUUUGAAAAAGAAGACUGGGGGGGAAUUCCACAGGAAGGAAUGACAGGUAUAUAGGAGAUGAAAGGGAUGUUUAGAAUCCAUAAAUAGCAUUUUCAUGCUGCCUCUUACCCCCUUACCAUAAAGACAAGAAGAGAAAGAAAUUGAGGCAGUUUUAACUUUCAUGCUCUCCUGCAAAGCUGAUAAAACCAAGACACUAUGUUAUAAGGGAAAGAUUUGGAGUCAGAACUUGGAUUCAAAUCUCAGAUCUACUGCUUAUUAUCCAUGGAGGGCUUGAACCAAGUCGUCUUUUAUCUCUCUGAGUCUCAUUUCUCCAACAUACAAAAUGAAAAGAUUAGAUAUUUCAGUUCUAAAUCCUGUAAUCUCUUAAAAUGAGGGUAAAACUAUUUUCCCUGUACUUGUUCUUUCCCCUGCUGAACCCUUUCUGAGUUGUGGGAGGGUAGGAAAGGAGUGAAGCAAAACCUCAAUUCUUUUAGUCUGUAUGUUAGUCCUUCCUCUGCCCACCAGUUUCUGCUGCUACAACCAAAAUCCCUCAGAGAACAACCCAAUUGAGGCAUCAAGUUUGUAAGUCUACAAAUAUCUUGAAAGCAUUUGUAUGCCUGAUACUGUGCUAAGUGCUGGGGACACAAAGAAGAGCAAAAAUACAGUUGCUGCCUUCAAGGAGCUCAUGUUCUGAUGGAGGAGACAGUUUGUAAAGAGCUAAAUUCUUCCAGGCUUCAUGUGGAUAAAUCACUUUUUCUCCCUGCUUUAAUAUAAGGUACAAAGAUGAUCUCAAUGACCUCUUUCCAGAUCUAAUUCCUGUGAUCCCAUGUAGUCCUGCUGCUUUCCCUCAAAGUUGUUUUGCUUGGUUUUCCCAAGUUUCAGUGGUUGCCAGACUAGUCAUUUAGUGAGCACUCAUCAGCCUAUACAUCAUCCACUCUCCUCUUCCCACACAGCUCCUUCCCUCAGCUUCUUCCUCUCUCCCCCCGCCCCCCCCAAAAAAAAAAAACCUAAAUACCAAUUCUACUCUAUAAUGAGAUUUAGUACGGAAACUGUCUGGUUAAUUGGAGCCUCCUACUUUGGCUUCUUUGGGUCUCGGCUUUCUAGGGUUAGAAACUCAAUUUUGUCUGUUCAUGCGGUUUAAAAAAAAAAAAAAAAACCCACCAUCCAGGAAAUCAU